CAGGGCCGGCCCCGCGGCGAGGGCCAGGGCCGAGAGUUCCCCGACCGUCGUGCGGUACAGGCUCGACGACUUCGUGGCCGUCGGUGAUGGGCUCGGCGGGGGCUCCUUCGGACAGGUGGCGAAGGUGGUCAACAAGAAGAGCGGAGACGUGUUCGCGAUGAAGACCAUACUGAAGAGGAAGAUCGAGGAGUACCAGCUGGCGGACCAACUGGCUCGGGAGGUCAAGACUCAGCUGCGGUUGAAGCACCCGUGCAUACUCGCCCUCCAUUACUACUUCGAGGACCAGGACAAUGUGCACAUGCUGCUGGAGUACGCUCGCGGCGGCUCCCUCUUCCAUCUGCUCCGUAGGCGAGGCUGCCUGGAGCAGAAGCAGGCCGCGAGGUACUUCGUGCACGUCGCCAGCGCGCUCGACCACCUCCACCAGAAGGGGGUCAUCCAUCGCGACCUCAAGCCCGAAAACAUCCUCAUGUGCGAAGG